AGGUUAGUGAACGUAAUAAAAAUGGGAGGUGAAGGGAGAGAGUGGUGGCCGGAAAGGGAGGAGAGGUGGAAGAGGGGGUGGCUAGCAGUGGGGUGAGGGGAGAGUGGUCUGUUUUUUUUUUUUUUUUAUCAUUAAUUUUUUCAAUUAUAUUGGUUUUUAAUUAAAAAAAAUAAUAUAAGGAAAAUUAUAAAAAUGACCGGUUGUACAUGUCACCGGUCAUUUGGGUUCAUUUUGGGAGAAAAAAAAUGCAAACUUAGGUUUAAUUUGGGAAGAUUUAAAUGUUGAUCUAUUCUGGGAGAAUGGGGCAAAGGUUGAUUUGUUGUUGUUAAAUUUUCCUACAAUUUUUAUUAGGUUCUUUUUGUAAUGUUUUUAUAUUCUUUGGUAAUAUAUCUUAUUUGUCAAAUACAAAUAUGUUCUUUUUCGGAGACGUUCAUUUUCAAAUACCUCUACGUUCUUUAUGCUUUUUUUUGUUUAAAGGGUGCAAAGAUCAGUCAUUGGCUCAUUGCACAAUAAAUAUAAGCUGGUCCUUUUCUGUACAGUUAUACUGUUAUGUAGCAAAGUAGGAGUAUACAGUCGUCUCUGAGAAAAAAAGAUGAGGAAUCUGCAAACUCUGCUAAAAUUAACUAGGAAAUCUCAACUCCCUUCUUCUCAAAAUCCAUUGUUUUCCCCUUCAACUUUUCUCUCUCCUAAACCCCUAAACCUCUUAAACCCUUCCCUUAAACCCUCCACCAUUUUUACUCCACAUUUGCCUUUUCUGUCAUCACAACAUAAAGUUUUCGCAUUUUCUUCUCAAAUUCUUCGUUUUUUCAGCACUUCUGGAGCUUCUGAUCACAAUGAAGAAGACCCAUAUGAAACUGAUCAAGAUUUGGUUAUUGAAGAUUGGGAGGAAGAGGAUGACACUGAUCCUGAGAUCGGUGAUGGAGGGGCUGGUGGUGGAAUUGUGCUCCAAAAUGUACCCUGGGGAGAAAAAGUACUAUCUAUAGCACGUGAAGUUUUGCUACAAUUUGAUGAUGACAUAAAGUUGUACUCUUUCAAGACUACUCCUCGUGGCUAUAUUUAUAUCAGACUCGACAAACUCUCCAAUGAGUAUGGCUGCCCCAGCAUAGAGCUAAUUGAAAGUUAUAGCCGAGAAUACAAGAAACAUUUGGAGGAAGACGGAUUUAAGGGAGAGAUACCAAAUGAUCUUGCUCUUGAGGUGUCUUCUCCAGGUGCAGAGCGUCUACUAAGAAUACCGGAGGACUUACUUAGGUUCAAAGAUUUUCCUAUGGUGGUAUCUUAUGUUGAAGAAGGCACUGAAGCAAAAUCUCAGGAGAAGAGUGGGGUUUUCUUGCUUGAUUCUAUUGAGACAGAAACAGAGGAUUGUGUCUGGAAACUGGCUGACGUUAGAGCAAAUAGGGAUCCUGCAAGCAAAGGAAGGCCAAUGAGUCGUAAAAGGAAGGAUUGGAGACUGAAGCUUCCAUAUUCGACGCUGAAUAGAGUGACAUUAUACCUUGAGUAUUAAUUGCUGAAACAUAAUAUUAUUUUUGCAGUGUGCCAAAUUUUUUCUCACCCUAAAAUUAUGUAUGGCACACUUAGUUUAGUAAUGUCGUAGAUGAAAAAUUUUCAGGAUAUGUUGCUAUUGUUAAUUUUUGAGGCUAAAAGAAAUGAGAUAUCACUAGUUUCCUGAUAGUCAAUGUGGAUGAUUUAACUUCACUUGAUUCAUAUAAACAUCUAUUUGAUAGAAUAAUUCAUAGAGUCAUAGGCAUAUUGUGUAAAAUUGUAAAUGUGAUGCAACUUUUCUCCUUUUUUUGUAUUAUGCAGAUUUUUUUUUUUCCCCAACUGCGACUUGUAUUAGGCAGUUGGAGUGUUGAAGCAUUGCCAUUUCCUGGUGUUUUUGAUAAUGGCUAUGGGCUUUGAUCACAUAAUGAUUAAGAUUUAACAACACGCUUGGUACUUUUUGACAAUGUUGAAUGAUUUUGUACGUACUCCGUGAUAUUUUAUGUUUCCUUUUGGUACAAUGUUCUUGUUUUCCUUUCUUUAUGUACUCCUUCUUUCUCUAAAAGAUUGUCUUAUAUUCUAAAAAUGAGUGUCCUUUAAAGAUUGUUCAAUGUUAAUGAGUUUAUAUGCAAUAUUUUAUUGGAAGUCAUGUGACAAUUUUAUGUUUUCCCUUCUUUAUGUACUCUCUCUGUUCCUAAAAGAUUGUCUCAUAUGCUAAAAAUGAAUGUCCUUAAAAGAUUGCUUUAUAUCAUAAUUGAUAACUUUUCGCACUUGCAGCUUCACUUGCUU